AUGAAACUCAUUUUCCUGAUUUUGACUGUUACCCUGCUCCUGGUCUGGGUCGCCCAAGCCAGGUAUUGCUGGGGUAAGUUGGGAAGGUGCAGAAUAAAGUGUGAACAGAACGAAGUAUCCCAUAUACUAUGCCCAUAUUAUGAAGCUAAGUGUUGUGUAAACCCCAAGCAUGUACCUGUCCAAACUUGA